AUGAGUAGAUCUCGCUCUAACGAGCCAGUUAGUAUAACUAACCCCCAAUUAAUUGCUUCCUCACAUGCAGUAUCAACCUCUCCCGUAGCAGAUGUUGCAAGUUCUGCUGCGGAGAUUGUAAAUUUGAACUCAGCAUUAAAAAGGAUGGAGCUUGAAAUGCAAGUCUUAAAGAGGAGUUGGAAAGCUCCGACGUUGGACUCUAGCCCGGAACGUUUCCUGGACGAUUCUCCCUACGAGAGGAAAAGAGCCAAGAGGACAAUAUCUCGAUCUCCUACGCCUUCCAGAGCGCAUUCUCCUAUUCAUGGCAAAGAAAAGGAAGAAACUGCGAUGGACAUCCUACUUAAAAUGCAGGAACAAAUUUCCUCUUUAGUAGGAGUAUUGAGAAAAGACCUUCCGAGGAGAAAGAACGAUUUUCUUCCUGUUAAGAGAUCGCGUCCGACGGGUGUUCCGGACUCCAGACUUAUCUCCUCUACUCCUCAUAUGAGUACAGAAAGGAAUAAAGAAAGAAGGAUGAAAACUCAUAGGCUUGGGACGCCACAUACGGACAAUGACGAAGAGUGUCCGAGUCGGACAGAACCACCCAGGCGCUCGGCGCCAGAAUUGGAAGACUCGGACGGGAAAAAGUGUCCUACACGGACGGCACCAACUAGACACCAUUCGCCAGACUCGGACAGCCCGGACAGGCGAAUAUGUCCUAUGCGGACAACUAUGUCCAAGCGACUCGUGCCGAUUGCGGACAAACUUGACAAGGCGGACAGCCUGGAUUGGACAAAACGUCGUGCGCAGGCAACUCUGUCCGGGCGCCAGGCGCCAGAAGCGGACAAGUUGGACAGGCAGAAGUGUCGUACUGCAUUGACACCAGCCAAGCACCAAGUUCCAUAUGUGGACAGCUCGGACAGACGACACGGUCCGAGACGGACAGAUACGUCUGAGCGCAUUGAACAAACUAGACUUUCGGCAAUGGUUAAGCACCAAGCGCCAAGAUUUUCCUCAAAAGAAUCAUAUGGAGAAAUCUACCAGGAAGCGUCUCUUCAUGAUUUGGACCAGGAGCGGAUUUCUCUGGACAGAGACAAAAGGUGCCGCACAGGCGGUCGUCGUCCUGUUCACGAUAUGUCAGUUUCUGGUGGAAAUCUUCCGCAAGCACAGCUGUCUCCUGAGAAGAAUGCGAUACGUCGCACAGGCGGCCGUCAUUCUUGUCAGGACUUAGAUGAUGAUCAGGUUUUUUCUCAGGAUCGGCAUUCGCCGGACAGGGACGCAAGGUGCCGCACAGGCGGCUGUCGCCCUUGUCGGGAGGGAGCUGAUUCUGCGAAGAGCCCUUCACCUUGCGAGAAAAGACGUUCUCCCUCGGCUAAUAUUGAUUCUCCGGGGGAACUGGCAUUGGAAGAUGUCUCUGACACCGAAGACCAGAAAGGGGCUGGACUAUCGGACUAUAAAGCGUUAGCUGCGCUUUUGCUCCAAGAAUUUGGAAAUUCUUUGAGUCCUGCCGCUCCUCCGUCUCCUCGGUCGCUUUUUACGAGCGCGAAAACCUCAAAGUCGUCCUCCUUCCUGAAGAUGCGGCCGACAAUUUCCAUGAAGAAGGCUUUGCAGUCUUUUGGAAAUUGGCUUAACUCCAAGAAGGAGUUAGUGAGAGAUAUUUCUCACUCACUUACCGAGAAGGCGACACACGAUCUUCUGGUUCAAUCAACCAAAAGGCCGAGGACAGCUGUUCCUGCCACGAAGGGGGAGACACAGAUCCCAAAGCCGCCCUUUCGAGGGAGUUCAUCUUCGAGAUCCUCCUUUAAGGAGAGAGGAGCAGAAAGCAGAGAUUCUGGGGGAAGUGUUAAGAAAGUUCCGUUCUUCAGAGCGACGAAACUGACACUCAUCGCCCCAUAUUGGCCCUCUCGAGACUGGUUCACAGAGAUGUGGUACCAUGAGCAAGAGAAAGAAUUAUCUAGACAAGAACUUGAGGCUGCCAUUAGAACAGUGAAAGAGGAGGAGAAACUAAUAAUAGGAGCUGAUGUGAAUGGCAGGGUGGGAAAGAGAAGAGAUGGUAUAAGGAGGUACACAAAGGCCAGGGGUUUGGAAUUAGAAAUUAAGACGGGGAUUAUAUAUUGA